AUGGCUAUGAACACAUUUGAUGCUCUCAUCGCCCUCCACGAGGCAGAGAGGCGCAUAUUCGGACGAUUGAUAGAUAUGGGCGCAGAUACGAAAAUGACAAAGAAGAUUAUGGCACUAUUAAUGUGGUUGGAAUCAGAGGGAGGCCUAAAAGGCCUUGUGAAGAAGAUCAGUUCGCAGACUGACAAAGUCAUGGCUGUGGUCGGUGCAGAGGCUGAAACAGCAUUAGGAUUUCUCGAAGCGAAUGCAUUGUCACCGGGGGCUUCGUCCAUUAGUAUGCCAGUAACUUUAGACCUAGCCAAACCCGUUCCAGACUCCUUCUCUCUCAUCGACCUUUUCGAAGACAAGGAAAGGGCUUCAAAUGGCAUAUCUCACCUCGUCAAUGGAGUUUGUGAGAUGAUAUUUAGAGAUAUAUUGGAGGAUAGGUGUAAGGAAGGGAAUGGUAGUGUUGCCAUGGCAGACAUUGUUCGGAAAUUGGUCGUCGCUGAGGGCAAGAAACCUGGUGGCCUGGAAGUGGGGAAGAAAUCGGCAGUGGUGGCUUCUUCGGGUUCGAAAUUGAACCCGUAUGCCCAAGAGUGGCGGGUUUCUCCUGAGGAAGAAAGGUGCUUGUUUGUCACCUUCUCAAAUGGUUAUCCUUUAUCCGAGAACCAAAUUUUCUGGUUUUUUACAAGUUGCGUCGAUGAGAAGGAAUCAAUGCAGUUGGGGGGAGAGCUUUCAUUUCCCUAUGAAGAGGCGUCCGUUGAAGUUGCGCACUGGAGGGCCAGAGGGCCGCGCGCACCAAAGUUCGUGCUUAGUCCUUGGGUGAUGCAAACCAUGGUGAAGGGCGAGCAUCAAGUUGGCAAGAGGCCUUUGCUUACUCGGGAUGUCGCCGAGGCGGGAUGA